GUAGGUGAAACCUUGAAGAAAAAGUGGCUCUGUCUUCAAAAAAGUGACCUGACCUUUGCUUUGGGGAAAGGCUCUAGGGCGGCAGAUAAGGCUGUUGCCAUGGUGAUGAAGGAGAUUCCGAGGGAGGAGUCUGCAGAAGAAAAGCCCCUCCUUACUAUGACAUCACAGCUGGUGAAUGAGCAACAAGAAAGCAGACCCCUUCUGAGCCCCUCUAUUGAUGACUUUCUCUGUGAAGCUAAACCAGAAGCUGUUGCAAGGCCUGUAACAUCAAAUACUGCAGUAUUAUCAGCAGGUCUGGAUCUCUUGGAUCUUAGUGAACCUGUCUUACAAACCCAAAACAAAGCAAAGAAAUCAGAGACUCCAUCAAGAACUGAAGGGUUAAAAGCUUCAACCCACAGAAAGAAGACAGACAGUUCUGACCUUAUCAGUGUGGAUACUGAGCAGAAAGUCCAGGCUGUCAGAGUUUCAGACAAGUCUUCUCUAGAUUUAGUUGAUAUUCAGACACAGAUAGAGAAAUGGGAUGAUGUCAAUUUUCACGGAGACAGGAGUAGCAAGGUCCACCCUUCUACAGAGCGAACAUCAUCAUCAUCUAGAGCUCCAUCAAAAGAGCUUUUAUGGUCCACAGAAAACAGAUCACAGUCUGAGCUGACUAACGUCAAGAGUGCUUUGGACUCUGAUUCAACAUCAGAAUUAGAACUUGCACCUGCAACACAGGCACGAUCGACUAAGGAGCAGCGUUGGGGAGGGCCUCUUCUCUCCAGAAAUCACUCCUUGGAGGAGGAAUUUGAAAGAGCAAAGGCAGCUGUUGAGUCAGACACAGAGUUUUGGGAUAAAAUGCAAGCAGAAUGGGAAGAAAUGGCUCGCAGAAACUGGAUUUCAGAAAACCAGGAAGCACCAGGGCAAGUCACCAUCUCAACCAUUGAGAAGGGUUAUUAUUUCCAUACUGAGAAUCCCUUCAAAGACUGGCCUGGUGCUUUUGAGGAAGGACUGAAAAAAAUGAAAGAAGGUGACUUGCCAGUUACAAUCUUAUACCUGGAGGCUGCUAUUCUUCAAGAACCCAAUGAUGCAGAGGCCUGGCAGUUCCUGGGUAUAACACAGGCAGAGAAUGAAAAUGAGCAGGCAGCCAUUGUCGCCCUCCAAAGGUGCUUGGAACUACAGCCAAACAACUUAAAAGCUCUGAUGGCCCUGGCUGUAAGUUAUACUAACACUGGCCAUCAACAAGAAGCCUAUCAAGCUCUAAGAAACUGGAUAAAGCAAAAUCCAAAAUAUAAGUAUAUAGUGAAAAGCAAAAAAGGGUCCCCAGCACUUACCAGGAGAAUGUCUAAGACAUCAGAUGAAAGCUCAUUACUUGAAGAAGUAAAGGAUUUGUACCUGGAGGCUGCUCACCAGAAUGGUGAUAUGAUAGACCCUGACUUGCAGACGGGACUUGGAGUUCUUUUCCACCUGAAUGGAGAAUUUAACAGAGCAAUAGAUGCAUUUAGUGCUGCUUUAACUGUUCGACCAGAGGACUACACAUUAUGGAACCGUCUUGGAGCAACCUUGGCAAAUGGGGAUCGAAGUGAAGAAGCUGUCGAGGCCUACACACGUGCUUUAGAAAUACAACCUGGCUUCAUUAGGUCCAGAUACAAUUUAGGGAUAAGCUGCAUCAACCUAGGGGCAUAUAGAGAAGCUGUCAGCAAUUUUCUCACUGCUCUCAGUUUGCAAAGAAAGAGCAGGAAUCAACAACAGGUUCCCCAUCCUGCUCUAUCAGGCAAUAUUUGGGCAGCACUUCGAAUUGCUCUGUCUAUGAUGGACCAGCCAGAACUAUUUCAAGCUGCCAAUGUGGGUGAUCUAGACAUUCUGUUAAGAGCUUUUAAUCUAGAGCCGUAAUAAAAA